AAAGAGCGUACAUAGAAAGAGACCCCCAAUUCCUAAGCCUAAAUCAUUUUAUACGAACAAGACAGCAACCAUUAUUCGGUGGUUCCUAAUUAGCUUUGUUUUGUUAAAACCUAAGGCACCCUUCUAUUACUUUAGCUUAAUCUUUUUUUUUUAUCUCCUUUCCUCAAUUUCUUCAUUUUCCCCAGUGAUUAUUGGUGUAGGAAUAGAAUGGGAGAUUGUUUAGUGGUGCACAUGGAUGGGCUUGAGGGUCCGCAAAUGGUGGGACCAUCUACGUCAAUAGCUGUAGACGAGAAGGAGGAGGAGGAGGCGCCGCUAAUUGGUAGAGGAGAGUGCAGGAUUUGCCAGGAGGAAGAUUCUUUGGACAAGUUGGAGACUCCCUGUGCUUGCAGCGGAAGUCUCAAGUACACACACCGAGCAUGUGUUCAACACUGGUGCAAUGAGAAGGGGGAUAUUACUUGUGAGAUUUGCCAUCAGCAAUACCAGCCUGGUUAUACUGUUCCUCCUCGAACUGUGGUUGAGGAGACAAUUAUUGAUAUUGGCGGAGGAUGGCAAAUCUCAGGUACUCCUUUGGAUUUACAUGAUCCUCGCGUCUUGGCAAUUGCAGAGGCUGAACGCCAACUUCUGGAAGCUGAAUACGAUGAUUACAAUUCUGCAAAUGCAAGUGGUGCCGCAUUCUGCCGAUCCGCUGCUUUAAUUUUGAUGGCUCUUCUACUAUUGCGCCAUGCAUUACCAAUGACAGACACGGAUGGAGACGAUGAAGAUCCAACUGCUUUCUUUUCGCUUUUCUUGCUUCGGGCAGUUGGCUUUCUUUUUCCCUGCUACAUCAUGCUCUGGGCCAUCAGCAUUUUGCAGCAGCGUAGGCAAAGAGAGGAAGCUGCAGCAUUGGCAGCAACACAAUUUGCAUUUGUGUUACACUCUGGACAGUCGAGAGGUGUACAGUUUACCAUAGCAUCAGCUGCACCAGCUACACCAGCAGCGCCUGCUUCAGUGGAUCAUGUUUAAACGAUAAGAGGGUCGUCCUUAGUCUAUUAUUUUGAAGCUAAAUGCUGCCUUAUGCUAGAUUUGUUUAUCUGUAUUCUGGACAAUAUUACCAUCUCACCUUUACUCAAAAAAUUAACGUCAGUAAGCUGUAUAUUAAUCUUUUCAUUUUAUAUCUAUCUAUGUAUGGCACUUUUUAUUAA